GAGAGGACCAUAAUGCCACACCCUUAUUUUCACAAGCUGAUUCUCCCUUCCACAAUCCAAGCCAAAGAACUGGCUCUAGGACGAGCUUUGGAUGUCUAUUAUGCCACACAAUCAGAUCUUGUGGUGAAUGGUGAUAUACCCAACUCAGCUCAAUUAAGCCCAUCUUAAUUCAGCGGGUUGGACUACAUGAAUCCUAUAUGCCACUCGGUCCUCUUUAGGCCCAUGUCCCCAGUUACCUUGUUCACAGUCAUAUCUUUACAUCAUCUACACACGUAAAUCAUGCAUUUCAUUGCAACAAACAAGGCCCAACUUGAUCUUUGAUACAUGCAGAGGAUACCAGAAAAUUUUGCCAACAAAUUUAGGGAUGAGUUUUCAGCUUUUGCUACACUCUCCAUUCCGGAUGGUCACGUAUGGCAAGUAGGAUUGAAAAGGAUUGGGAACAGUGUUUGGUUUCACAAUGGUUGGCAGAAAUUUGUUGAACGCUACUCCAUCCGUGUUGGGUACUUUUUAAUAUUUAGAUACGAAGGGAAUUCGCGUUUCUUUGUUCAUAUAUAUAAUUUGGCGGCUUCUGAGAUAAGUUAUCAGUCCAAUGCACUUGGUGGCACCCAUGGACUCAUUUAUGGCAAUCAGUAUAAUGUAUUUGAAGAAAUGGAAGAUGAUGACUCUGCUGCAAUCAUGGGUUCCUCCCUUCCAUGCCUUACUAGCGGGCCUUUGAAAAAUAAGCUGCUUGGUGAAUGUGGAGAUCAAUUGACACCUAGUAGAAGUUACACUCCUCCCUCACUGCAGAAUUUGUUCAAUGGGUCUCAACUUAAGAACUGUUUAAAUUGGGCUGGUGAAAGGAACCUGCAUCCGUCCAAGGGUUUUAGGAAGUCACCUGCGGAAACUGAACCCACUCGAAAUGUAGGUGUUCAGUUUAAUGCAAUCGAGUUUAAAAAGUCUUUGGAUGAAGUAAAAUUUCAAAGUCCAGAUCAAGAGACUCAAAUUAAAAAAACCAUGAGAAAAAAGCGGAAACCUGAUCCCAAUGAGCAGGAGUCAUCUGCUCAACAUGAAGAAGUAGAAAUGCGAUUUAGAUUUUAUGAAAGUGCUUCUGCAAGAAAGAGAACAGUAACAGCAGAGGAACGGGAAAGGGCUAUCAAUGCAGCCAAAGCAUUUGAACCAGCUAAUCCUUUCUGCAGGGUUGUCCUGCGACCGUCCUAUUUAUAUAGAGGGUGUAUAAUGUAUCUGCCAUCCUGCUUUGCUGAAAAGAAUCUAAGUGGGGUUUCUGGAUUCAUCAAACUUCAGGUUUCUGAUGGGAGACAGUGGCCUGUCCGAUGCCUUUACAAGGGAGGUAGAGCUAAGUUAAGCCAGGGAUGGUAUGAAUUUUCGUUGGAGAAUAAUUUGGGGGAAGGAGAUGUUUGUGUCUUCGAGAUGUUGAGGACGAGAGAUAUUGUGCUGAAAGUUACCCCAUUUCGUGUUCUUGACGAUACAGGUCUGGUGGUGAACCAUCAAUUACAGCAAAAUGUCGGGCAAACCAAAUUUAUAAUUUAGUUGCUGGUAAUCUCCAGUUUUACAAUCUGUAUCAAGCAACCUUACCUUUUUUUUAGAGAUACUGAUCUCAUUUGUUCAUGUGGAAUUUAGUUGCCGUUUAGUGUCCAUAAACAUUCCAAGAUGGCGGUGGGAUUUUAGUUUUCUUACAAACUUGAACACAAAUUUUAUGUCCGGACUAGGGUUGUAAAUAGAUUGUGCAAUCUAGAGUUUGUCAAACUGGACCAGAACAGUUCAUCCUAGUCAUUCCUCUUUUUUCCAUCUCAAGAUUUUCUAUUUUCUGCUAGAAGUUCUCCAGUUACUCAUUACUGGUUUUGUUGUAUAUUACCGGCUUCAAGGAAGAACUACUUCUAAUGGGCUUUGUAUUUUUA